AUGGGCUAUGAUAUAGACCACACACCAGCUGAAGGAAAAGAUCCUUCCAAUCAGAAAAUGAAACCUGGAGAUUUACCAUACCUUGAACCUGUCUCCGUUAAUGACCAAGCUGAAACUAAUGCUACUACUCAAGACUCUGGUUCAUCGUCUUGGACAAAUGCCCAGCCUGCAAUUCAAAGCCCACUAUCGAUCUACGGCUCAGAGCCUAUCCAAAACCCUUCCGUUAAUCCAACAUUAGGUCGACCGAGAGACAAGGCCGAUGCCUUUUCUACAUUUUCUACUCCUCGGCGGCGAGUAGCUGCGAUUACCACCAAACCGACGAAUGCACGGCAUUCUGUGCACGAUAUAGGCUUACGACAAGACGACGAGUUUGCCUUCCUUCGUUACGCUUCGCCUUCACGUAGUAGUACAUUUCAUGAUCAAAAUUUGUCUCGUAGCGACAUGAUUGAACGUGAUCUGCAUAGAGAACGCAUAGAGAAUGCUGGUAAAGGAUUUGCUAAAUUAAUCGAUGAAGAUUCUGGCAAAGAAUCUAUUGCGGAUUUAUUUGCUAACGUAAAAGACGAAGAAUUGGACGAAGAGGCCGAAAUGUUGGCGCAAGAUACGCAGAAAUUAAUGGAUCAGAAAUUGCGUGGUAGUGCCGUGGAAGUUGCAAGAAACCCCGAGGCGGGAGAUGAUGAUGGGCUUUCUUACCUUUCAGAACGCACUCUUUCUCAUUCACGUUCUUGCAAACAAUAUUUCGAGACAAAAUAUCACGCUAUGGAACAGAUAACGAAUGAUAUUGAAGUUUACAAUCCGCUACAAGUAAUACGGAAAAAACAAAUAGAAAAGCCUCGUAAUAGUAACGAGAAUAUACUCAACGAAAAAUAUCUUGGAAUAGGUUCUGGGGGAAGUCGGCAAUCAUUGAAUCGAACUAAACAGAAUCUCCAACCGCCACGACGGCACUUUAUUUCUAUUUGGGAGGUUACACCGACAGACAUAUUGAAUUAUUAUGAACAACAAAAGUCUAGUCAUGACUCUACUAUUAUCAAAACUGACAAUUUACCAAGUCGUUCCGAAUCUGUUCCGGAGAUAUUCGUUGAGACGGAGCGCAUACGAGGGGGUGAACCUCGGCUUUCUCAAAUAUUCAAUCCACCUCCGGAUAUCGGAUCAUACUUACCGUCGUCCAAAACAAUGCCUGUUCAAAAUGAUGACGCAUCUGCGUCACACGACGGCCGGGCACUUUCUCGAUCUCUAAGUGCAUCGAGUGUACUAUUGCCAUCAGCAUCAAAGAAAGAAGGAUCUAAGAAGAAGCGGUGGUCGUUGAACCCGUUCAAACGAAAAGACAAGAAUCGCAAACGCGACUCAAAGGUCGAAGCGAACGCUGCGCACUUGGCACAGAUCGAACCUCAAGAAUCAGUGCCAGGAACAGGGUCCGAGGAAGUAAAUGUGAUUUCCAGAUCACUGAAAUCUCUCCCAUCGUCGGAAUCAUCUCUUGUUUCUGGUCGAUCAUCAUUUGAAGAUACUCGCCGACAAUCAAUAGAUUAUGUUACUUUAAUGUUGGAUAAGGCGAGCUCAACGCCGUCUACGCCCAGCGAUGUCCGAUUGUCGGAUGGCUAUACUGGAAGUGAAGACACAGGAAGACACUCUGUUGGUACAUCGAUUUCAGAGAGAGAACAUGUUCAGUCGAUUGGUGAAGACGAGAUGGAAAACGUCAGUGAACAGCACGAAUCAGGCAGUGACCUGUCGGCGUUAUCAAGUAGAAGAAAUUCCUUGGAUAUAAUGAGGAAAAAGACAAAUAAAGGGAAUCUAGGGAACGUCGAAACCACUAAUGAAAGUCGUGUCAAUGAAGAUGAUAAGAAGAAUUAUAUGCGUCCUGAUUCGGAAGGUGAACUUGAUGAUUCGGACGAGGAAGAAUUGGGCAGACCUAGGUUGACAGGAGAAACUGUGCUUGUUGAUUUAGAUAGACUUCCUCCUGAUCUUGAGAGUACAGUAACAGAAUUUCAGGAACGCGGAUUAGUAGCAAGAAAUGCAGAAGGAGGACGGUUUGUUGAGUUGGAUGUCGGAUUGAAAGGCUAUUUUCGUUUCCAUAAAUUGAUAUGGCAUAACAAUAUUCCUAUCAGAUUAGAUGUGAUGCUUGUUGACGAUAUGAUACAAGAAGACAAAAAAACACCGACUAUUGAUGAUUUACAACCCCCGAAUGAAAAGGUAGAUAAGGCUAAGAAUAUACUGAAAAUGUAUGAGGAAGAGCGUAAAAUUCAAGAAGCUGCAAAGACUAAUCCAGCCACUGUAGAAGCGGAGCAUACAAUAAUAGAUGAAACAGACAUUAUCACCAAUAUAAUUUUCUCAGACGACGACACCGAUCGUUUAUUCCUCGGUUCAAUGUUGGGUCAUGACAGUAAUUCGCGUUAUUGGAAAGCUGAGGUUGAAAAUAGGGUGCAAGAGUUGGAUACAGAGUUGAAAAAAAUUGAACGAAAUUUGGACGACAUGAUGUUACGAGAUCAAAGGCUGCUGAGUGAAGCGGAAAAAACAUCAGCACAGAUUGACGAAAUGUUGGAUGCUAGCCAUGUCAAUCGUGAUACUGAGGACUACCUUUAUGCUCUGAAGGUUCUCGAGGAUGAAAUACAAUUAUUAAAUUCCAAGUCAAUAUUAUGGGACAUAUUUUAUAUAAUGCUGUCUUAUGUACUAGCGGGUGUAAUGAUCAUUGUUUGGUUUGCAGUUCAUUGUUUCAAAUCGAUUAGAUCAAUGUUCUUACUUCCAAGGACAAUAUUCAGGACAAUAUUCAGAACAACAAUGUAUCGUCUCACGGAUUGUUGA